GAAAACGGGUUAAAAGUAUAUUUAAUGAAUGAAUCACCAAACGCACUUAUAUAUGAAAAAAAUACUCGUAUUAGUGGAAGAGACAUGUUCGGUAAAUGGGGAAAUAUAUUAUAUAAUAUUAAGAAAGAAGGUGGAAUAGCUGGAAAAGUAAGUAAAGCAUUAUUAGUUUCAUUAUGGGGUGUCUUAUGUGAGCAAAGAAAUGGGCAAAAUUAUGGCACACACCCACAAAUUAAACUGUUUUUAUUGUCAUCGGCCAGAAAAAGAAUAUCAGAAAUUGUGGGACCAUUAAGUGAUCAAGUAAAGCGCAUUCAUACAGAUGGAUUUAUAGUAGCAGGGCAAGUAAAUCUCAAAACAGAUAUAGAAAUGGGUGAGUUAAAACUUGAGAAGAGAGGAGUUUGUACGAUAAAAAAUUGUAUAUCAAUUACUUGGAAGCCUUUAUAUCCUGAAAUUCCAAAUUUGAUUACAAAUAGUUUACCAGAUUUUAGAAAAAAACGACAAGAUAAAGAACAAAAUACUGAGAUAACUAUAAAAAGGAAAUCACUAAAAAG